GAAAACAGUCACGCUUCAUCAAGAAGCAUGGCGUUAUCGUGGAUGAUAUGUUUGAUCGGCACAAUAAUUUUAAUGCCAGUAGAGGCUCUCUACGAAGAUCAAGUUGGGAUAUAUGAUUGGAAACAGGAUUAUGUAGGAAAACUUACCCACGUACAUUGGGAGUCAAUGACAUCAGGAUUAAGUGGGAAGAGGAUAUUUGUAGCCACUGAGCUUAAUGUCUUGGCAGCUGUCAAUGCUCAUGAUGGAUCGAUUGCAUGGCGACAAGUUGCAGAGGAUGAUGCACGCGGAAGAAUAGAUGCACUGCUUUACAACAACAACUACAUUCUGACUGUACAAGCUGGAGGAAAAUUUGUCAGGAGUUGGCAUACACAAACAGGAAACUUGCAUUGGGAACGAUACCUAUCAUCCGAAGAAUCAAUGAUUGCCACAGCUUUGUUCAAAAAUGCAGAUAAAGACUCUAUCAUCGUGGCAACGGCCAAUGCACUGUAUUCCCUGAAAACCUCAGAUGGUAAAACAGAGUGGGAGGUAAAUCUUCCAGACAGUGAUACAGUAGAACGCUGGUACCUGUCACUUCGCUCUGAUGGGAGUGUCGCAGUUGUUGGUGUGUCCCCCAAAGUCCGUGUGGCUGUAAUGGUUGUGGGGCCUGAUGGGAAGACAAAGAUUCAAGUGCGUAAACUUCCAGCUCAAUGGAUCACAAAAGAUACCAGCUGUCAGCUGGUAGGAGGAGAGGGCUUUCUGUGUUACUCUUCAGCUUCUGGUUCAUUCCAUUUCCUCUCAGUGACUGAUGGACAGGUCUUUAUAACAAAGGCAGUUUCGGAACUUGGCUUCUUGCCAACUUCUGAAAUGAAACUGGAGGCCAUAGCAACAGAAAAUGGUGGUUCUUCUCCAUGGGUGCUUCUUCAAGUAUCUAGAAAUCACAUGGCUUUGCUGUCAGUUUCCAGUAGUGAUUUCAAAGUUGUGAAAGACCUGCCAAAAGUGGAGGCUGCUGAGGUGGCUUAUGAAGGUGACAGUAAAGUCCUCCUGACAGUACAGCGGGCAGACCCAGAGACAGUUGAAUUCACUGGGAUGGACCUGGCAAGCAUGUCUGAGCAGACGGACAUUUCACAGCGAAUAUCGGUACUGUCUGGUCAUGGCACUAUAGAGAAGAUUUUCCCAUUGCUCUUUACCAAAAAGAAGGAUGGUCACUUGGGAGCCAAGGUCCUGAUGCUGGCUCAGGAUUAUUCUCUUCACUGUACUCACAAGGCAGGAAAAUCUCCAUGGCGACGAGAAGAGGCAUUGGCAUACAUUCUCUCAGUUGAAAUGGUUGACCUUCCCGUAUCUGAAAAUGAAGCAAAGUUUGAGGAUGAAUUUGGUUCAGGAAAAGAUGACAUUUUGGCCAUGUUUGUGAAGCGUAUUAAAGUGCAGGUGCUGCAGCUGCAGGGAUUUGUGGAGCAUAUUAUUCAGAAACUUGUUGGACAUCGUCACCAUCAUCCAGUGAUCAGCAAGAGUGAUGCUGGUGAUGCCAACAGUGAUGAAGAUGAUGGGGAAGAUGAAGAUAGUGGCCUUGUACGUGAUGCAUUCAGCCUUCACAAGAUGAUCGUAGCUGUUACUGGUGCUGGCAAGGUGUAUGGUGUGCGCAGCCAUAAUGGUAAAAUUGCCUGGCAGCAUUUUUUCCCAAGUCUUGUGCCAUUCAAUAGACAGGGUGAUGAAAAGCUGUUACUGUUUAUACAGCGGACCACUGCACAUUUUCCCCAUCCUCCCCAGUGUGCUAUCUUGGGUGCCAGUCGAGAGACUGGUAAUGGGCUGAUUGCCAUCAUCAAUCCAGUGACAGGUGCCAUAUUGAAAGACACACCACCUGGUGGUCUUGACUUAGGAUUCAAGGUUAUCCAGGCACAGUUACUGGAUGUUUAUGAUGAGGAAUUCUUGAAGGGCAUUCUCUUAGUUGAUUCAGAAGUCAAGGUCCAUUUUUACCCAAGCUCUAUGAAAUCUGUGGUUCUGCCUGUGUUGAACAACUUGUAUCUUCACCUUACCAAUCAGGAUAUGGGUAUGAUGGACGGAUAUCGACUUAUUACUCGUGGGCAGGACAUUGUGGCUGACAAACUGUGGCACAUCGACCUUCAACAUGGCCAACAGGUGGUGACAGGUGUUUAUGGAAAGAGACCCAUAGAACAUGUCCACUCCCAGGGGCGAGUACUUGGAGACCGCAGUGUUCUAUACAAGUAUCUAAAUCCCAACCUUGUUGUGAUUAUAACAGAAGGGGAGGAAGUCCCUUCUCCUUCUUCAAAUAAAGUGAGCUCUGCAUUGGCAGGUCCGUCAGGGUUUUUCAACCUGUACCUGAUAGAUGGGGUAACAGGACACAUAGUGUUUCAUGAAAAUCACAAGCGAACACGAGGUCCAGUUAAAGUUGUGCAUGCAGAAAACUGGGUUGUGUACUCGUUUUACAGUGAGAAGCACCGUCGUUGUGAGAUGGCAGUGCUAGAACUGUAUGAGGGCAAAGAACAGAACAAUGCCACAGCUUUCUCAUCACUAAAUCCACCCCUUAACCCCCUAGUCAUGAGACAGUCCUACAUUUUCCCAAUGCCUAUCUACACCAUGAGUUCCACUGUAACAGAGAAGGGAAUAACCAACAAGAACAUUAUCAUUGCCCUCAAGGUCGGUGGAGUCUUGUCUCUUCCUAAAGCUUUCUUGGACCCAAGGCGGCCAUCCAUUCCUACUCAAGAGACUAUGGAGGAAGGAACAAUACCUUAUGUUCCAGAACUCCCAGUUAAUCUUGAAAGCAUUGUGAACUACAACCGCAGCAUUUUUAAUGUGCGAGCAAUCCACACGGCACCUGCGGGCCUUGAGUCUACAUCACUCAUCCUUGUUUAUGGCAUUGAUUUGUUCUACACAAGGGUAACACCAUCCAAGAUGUUUGAUGUGCUCAAAGAAGACUUCGAUUAUAUGUUCAUUGGAGGAGUUCUUCUUAUCAUGAUACUGGUCUCAUUUGUAUCCCAGAAAUUAGCAGCCAGGAGGGCUCUAAAUAGAGCAUGGAAAUGAUUCUUAAAAACCUUAGGGUAUGCUUCUGGUCAUUCUUGUGCUUGCAUGUGAAAGUUUUAAUUUUGAAUGUUGAGUGUUAAAUUUUUUUUAAAUUAAAAGUGAUUUGGUUAUUUUAUUGUUUUGAAAUGGGGUGUCUGUUCUGCGUAUUUCUUUGUUUGAAUGAUGCAAGAUCACAUCACUGAAUUAUAUAUAAUGUGUUGUUAAGGGUGAUAACAGAUCUGUCUGAUGACUCAUGAUGGCUAGAAUUAUGCACUUGUUAGGGCUGUGUUGUUCUCUUCAUCAAAUAAGUAGUCCAGUGUGCAAGGACCUAACGGUUUCUGUGAAUAAUUGUCUGCUAGGACAGAGAGAUUUUGAUAUUUACUUUCUUUGACCAAAGAAAGGUUAGCUUUAUGUUUCUUAAGGGACAAAAAGCACUAUUUGUAUAUCUGCCUGCACUUGGUGAACAUUUGUAAUGUUAGGUGUAGAAAGUAUGCAAUUUGUUAUAUGUAAAGCCAUUCAAUAUUUAAUGGGAGAGUGCAUUUGUGUGAGAAUGGUUAAGAUGAUGUGUCCAUACAAAAGAUCUUACUGUUUGUCCUUUCACCCAUUACUUUUGCAUAAAUAAGCAAAAGAUAAUUGAUGUUUCGUCAUCUUUAUGCUAUGCCUUAGCAUUUACAAAACUGUGCUUAUUUUUAACACUUUCUCAAAAUUUCGUUGUCGAGGUCCAGUCUUAGCUAUUUCUUAUUCUUGAGACAAAAUCUGCUCUAGUCAGACUUCAAAUAGUAAAUUUAUCCAUUUAUUUAUAUCAGGAAAAAAAUACAAAUACUUUAAAUUUGAAAAAACCAAGGAUUUGGAUAAAAAUCAUUUAUAAGUAACUUAUUUUUCCUGGGUGCUUAGGGUGAAAAUGUCUUUAUGCAAAGCAUAGAUGAAUUGUUCCUUGUUUAUUUAUUCAGAAUCCAAUGUCUUAGAUUUUAAGGUUUUCUUAAUAUAUGGAGUUGUUAUAUUCAUAGUGUGUUAUAUACUCAGUGUCAUUGAAAAGUGGGGUGCAACAGAAGCAAAGAAGGAUUUCUUUAAUGGCCAAAAUAAUCUGAAGUCUUUUUAAACAACUUGUGAAUCAGGAAGAUAUAUUUAAAAUCUGAAAAUGUAUAUUCUUAAGAUGAGCAGUUUUUGGUAUCUCAUAUAAUUGGUAUUUACAUGUACUAAUGUUAUAUUGUAAUUAUCAUUUUCUCAAGUUGUCUUCCAACAGAUCUCAAAAAUGGCAACAACAAAAAUUCUACAAAUUUAAAGGCUCAGUUUAUUUGCACACCCAAGCAAACAUGACAUGCCCAUCUGUUGGUUAAAAAAAAACUUAGGAUGUGUUUCUUUAUUGAUUUUUUUUCAUUACCAUUGCACGAAAUUAAAGUCAUUCAUUGA